GCGAGUGCGCGGCGGGAGGGCGCGGCGGAGGGAGCGCGCUGCCGCACCGCCCCCGGUCACCUUCGGCCGCGCCGCCGCCAUGCUGUUCCUGCCCGACGAGGCGCGGUCCCUGCCGCCGCCCCCCCUCGUCAAUAAGGGCUCGGUGUGGCUGGGCCUGACCGGCUGGGUGUCUGCGCUGCUGGACAACAGCUUCAACCACCGCCCCGUCAUCCGAGCCGGUGUCCACCGCCAGAUCCUGUUCAGUACUGUGGGAUGGUUUGUUGGCUAUUACCUUAUUAAACGUACGGAGUACCUACAUGCCAAACUGGACAGAGAGCUGUUCGAGUACGUGAGGCAGCACCCGGAAGACUUUAAGACAGCAGAAAAGAAGAGAAUAGGAGAGCUUUUGGAGGAUUUCCACCCAAUUCGCUGAGGAUUUCUCCAGCAGUGGCACAUCACAAGAUGAACUGACUCUGUACCGAGCACUUCGGUAAGCUGGCUGUAGCUGCUUAACCGUCCAUGGCGCUUGGAAAAUAAACCAGUACUCGCUUUCAUGUAAUAAAACCUGUGAUUAAAUA